CUCUUGUGAACUUAUGCUCCCAAGUCCUAUCUAGUAUUGAAUUAUUAAGCCAUGGAUGCCAACAACAAUAUUCUCCACAUAUAUUUAUCAUGCAUUGCUUUUCUCUUCAUGUGUAUGAGGACAGAAUUUACCAUCUUGAAAGAAUUUUCUUGUCUUUUUAUUGUUCACAGGGCUUUGGUUACGUCAAUAAGGAUCAGUACGUACUGAUAAUUAUCUGUAAUUAGGGAAUCAAUUAGAAAUUAAAAAAAGGAUGUUUAUACUGCUUUUUCUUUUGUGUUUAUCAUUUCUUCCACCUGAAGUCAUAAGGAAUAUCAAGAAGAGAAUUUUGUCUGAAUUCACCAUUUCCUGUUGUCAUUUCUAUCUAUUUUGGAUCUUUCUCUUUUCCUCUGCGCGGAUCGUGAUCUUUAAGUAAAUCCAGAACACAAGGAUUCCAAUUACAUUUUUUGUUUUUGAUGCUGCUGUCCAAGAAAACCAGCCUUGUUUCCUUCUCAUUCUUGUCACGAAUCAGGUUCAUUGUGAAUGAACAACAAUCACAAGGUUCAUUGCCAAGAACAAAGUCAGCAAAAACCAGGACUUGAAUUCUCCGAUCUGGGUUUGCAACAAUCUUUCAACAUGGGAAUAUCACAACAGAACAGAAAUCUUCAGCCAGCAAAGCCAUCAACUGCACCAACACCAAUCCUAAGCGGAUUCCAAUCACCAGUCUCAGCCUUCUACGCGACGGAACGGUUUAUGGGGCUUCCACAGCAUGAUUUUCAAGCAAGAGAUUCUUCUUUAGGCUCCUCUCAAUAUAUGAACACUUGUGCACAGACUCAUCUUUCAAGUGACUCUUCAGGGGAAGUUUCUUUUAUUGAAUCAACAGAGCAGACUGAACUGCGAAACACCUUGCAAUCAUUUGUCAAGUGUCACUGCUAUGGUCAUCAGAACAACAAUUGCAGAAACAUUGAUCCAGGGAACAAGUUUCUUCAAUCUCCAAAUGGUUGUUUACUCGACGACGAUUCAUCUGUGGUUGGCAAGCAAUUAACAGUAGUUCAAUCACAAGGAUUUCAGGACCACGGAGUUCAUUGCAGUUCAAGUGGUUAUUCAUUUGCGCAGCCGAGUUUCUCUUCUCAGCAAGAGAAGAAAUCUCCAAGGUUUUCUUCUUUAGGUGCUCCUGCAUCCUCUGGCGCAUGUAAAACCCGAAUAAGAUGGACUCAAGAUCUUCAUCAGAAGUUUGUAGAGUCCGUAAAUUGCCUCGGGGGUGCUGAGAAGGCAACACCAAAGGCUAUACUGAAGCUGAUGGACACUGAUGGAUUGACAAUCUUUCAUGUGAAGAGUCAUUUGCAGAAAUAUCGAAUCGCAAAAUACAUGCCUGAUUCUGCAGAAGGAAAAUCCGAGAAAAUACGCAGCACGAAUGAUUCACCUAAGCUUGAUGAGAAAAGUGGAUUGCAAAUCAAAGAGGCCUUGCAACUUCAACUAGAUGUCCAGAGGAAACUUCAUGAACAACUAGAGGUUCAGCGAAAUUUACAGUUGCGGAUUGAGGAACAAGGCAGACAGCUCAAGCUGAUGAUGUUUGAGAUGCAACAGAAAAACAAGAGCCUCUCCAGUACUCAAAAUUCCGACAUUGCGUCGCCCGCGAAUCUGUCAUUUACUACCCUUCAAGAUGACGAGGUUUCAGUUGUAAAAGGUUCUCAAAACACUUCCUUCCCGUCGAAGAUAAGUUAGCUUCUCGGUUCAGGACUCAGGAGUACAUCAUUUGAUCCAAAUACUGUGCCUACUACAAGAAGAUAAGAAGCAAAUGCAUCACUUGGUUGAUACAAAAAAAUUCAUAAACUCUAUUAUUAUAUUGUACCUAAACACAAGUCUUUUUUUUUGUGUGUGUGAAGUUCAUGGUGCCUGUUUUUUAUCUGAAAUUUUGUGUUUCAUUAUGUUCUCCAAUAAAUUGUAAAUGAUAAUUUUUUUAUCAUCUUUGGACAAGAACAAUAAAACAAUCGUAUUUUUGAAUACAA